AUGAAGAAACCUCUCAACAUGAGGAAAAUUGCUUCCCGCUGCGUUCCACAUCGACUAACCGAAGUACAGAAAUGGCACCGGUAUGCACUGGCUGGCACCCAGUUGGAAAGAUACCGCAAUGAAGGAGACGCAUUUCUGCAGCGUAUUGUCGCCAUUGAUGAGACAUGGCCACGAGCCUAUGAGCCUGAAUUAAAGCGUCAAUCAAAUGAAUGGCGUCACCAAGGUACGCCACGUCCACAGAAAUUUCGACAGGAACCCAGUCGGGUGAAGGUUAUGCUGAUUAUGGCAUACGACUGGGACGGUGUCAUUCUUACACAUGCUGCACCUGAAGAACAAACUGUCAACGCAGAUUACUAUUCCCGAUUUCUACAGCAAUAUCUGCAUCCGGCUAUGCGGCGCAAACGUCCACGUUUAUUGCACAACAAUCUCCCUAUCGUAUUGCAUGACAACGCUCGUUGCCAUAUCGAAGACGUCACUCUCCUUUUGCGAUGGGCAGGGGGAAAUCUUAGAACCCUCCCUACUCACCCAACAUGA